AUGCAGCACUCGGCCUCCUCCAGCUCCCUCAACUCCCUCAGCAGGCCGGAGCGAGCCACGCGGUCUAAUAAUAACGGCAACAAGCCUACUCCGCCGCGUAGGACGGCUGCUCAGCGCUCUCAGUCUCUAGACGACGCCGCGCCCGCAGACACGGCCAGCUCGAAGCACGACGCCACUUCCGGCACGGGCACACGCCAGCAACGACCGAGGGGGGCCCGCGAGGAGGUCGAGGUCGAGGCGGAUGCUGACGUGACGCUGACCGGAGACGAGUUCGACGAAGAGGGCGAGGAGGAGAUCACACGCUGUAUCUGUGGCCACCAGGACUAUCCCGGCCUCCCUGCCCACGCCGCUCAUCACCACAACCACAACCACCGCGGCGCUGCUUCUUCAAGGGCCGCCAAGGACGACGACGCCGCAGGUUCCGGCUCCGGUGCCGAUGCGCUGUCUGAUGAUGCUGGCAGCCUGUUCAUCCAGUGCGAUGAGUGCAAGGUCUGGCAGCACGGAGGCUGUGUCGGCAUCAUGGAGGAGGCCUCGAGUCCGGACGAGUACUUCUGCGAGAGAUGCCGGAAGGACUUGCACAGUAUCAUCGUUGGACCUCAUGGCCAAAAGUCCUCCCAGUACCUCCCGGUGGCCGGAUCUACCUCCUCGGCCUCCUCAACCACCUCCAGAGGCUCUGCCAAAACAAAGGACAAAAAGUCCAAGAGCAACGACACCUCUCCACGGACCAAGCGCAGAACCAUGAACAGCCGAGACGCUGCCUACGACGAAGAAGAACUACUGCGCAGAGCAAUCGAGGAAAGCAAAGAAGACACUGCCUCCCUCGUCGAAGAGACCGGAAGCCGUCGAGGCAAGAGAAGUCGUAGUGUCAGCGAAAUAAACAAGCAAGCUGCUAAGAGACAGAGGACAAGCUCUCCCUCUCCAUCUUCCCGCUCCAAACAAUCUCGGCGCAAUACCCGUUCUCCAUCCGAAGAAGAAACCAAAUCAAAAACCGCAAGUGUCAAUGGCAACCAGAAGAAAACCAGGGCCACCCGAAACCAGCGUGAGAAGGAGGUCGAACCCGAACCCGAACCCGAAAAAGACGCAGUACCUGAACCCGUCAGUCGACGUAAAGGAAGAGCUGACCGUCGCAAAGGCGAGGAUUCUGAACCUCCUGAAACCGCGUCUCCGUCAAAACCUACAUCCAAUGCGCUUGCACAGUCCGCUCCAGAUACUCCAACUGCCUCCACACCCGUUCCCAAACCCGCAACUCGCAAAUCCGGUCGUCCUCCUGCCCGCCGUGGCCGUCUAGGUCGUAACCAGUACACCCGUGACCGUGACCCUCCUAACGGUGCCGCGGACACUACCUCCAAUUCUCCUCGUCGCGGCCAAUCCCGUGAUGACGGUAACACAGGCGAUUCUCCUACCAGCGCCUCCAACGCAGGUCCUAACGGCUUGUACCCCGCAAACGGCGAGUCUGGCAAAGCGAGUCGGCCGCGCUACAUGAACCCCAAUCGCACUACAAUGAACGACAUGCGCAGGCGCGUAGCUGCGAUUCUAGAAUUCAUUUCACGACUACAGGUAGAAAUGGCAGCCAGCGGAGAACAGCCUACUCGCCCGCCAGGCGAUUCAACGUCGACCAUGGCAACCACCAGCCGCGAUAUGGCCGCCACCAUCGCCAAGGCAGAGGCGUUACUUAACGGUCUAACAACCAACGGUGUAUCCUCAGCCGAAAACCAGAGCUCCUCUGAAACGCAAGGAGCGCCAACUUCAGCUCCCUCCGCCGCUGCUGCCGGCAGCGACAGAGAUUUCAAGGACCUCACUAGCGGCGAGAUGAUGGAUGUCUUGACCAGAGGACUGUUCAAGUGGCAGGAACUCUUCGGCAAAUACGGUGAUAAAUAA